GCCCAGCUCAGCCCAGUCCCGGCAGGAGUUGCCACACCGGGAGGCCCGAACGCUCCGCCGGGAACGGCACAGGUGUCUGCAGCUGGGGUUUCCCCUCAGCCCUCGAGCGGCCAUGUCCAACCCCAGUGCCCCACCUCCGUAUGAGGACCGCAACCCCCUGUACCCUGGCUCCCCACCCUCUGGGGGCUAUGGGCAGCCAUCUGUCCUGCCGGGCGGGUACCCUGCCUACCCUGCCUACCCACAACCUGGCUACGGUCACCCUGCUGGCUACCCACAGCCCAUGCCCCCCAUCCACCCGAUGCCCAUGAACUACGGCCCAGGCCAUGGCUAUGAAGGGGAGGAGAGAGCAGUAAGUGACAGCUUCGGGCCUGGAGAGUGGGAUGACCGGAAAGUCCGACACGCCUUCAUCAGAAAGGUUUACACCAUCAUCUCCGUCCAGCUGCUCAUCACGGUGGCCAUCAUUGCUAUCUUCACCUUUGUGGAACCGGUCAGCGCAUUCGUGAGGAGAAACGUGGCUGUCUACUACGUGUCCUAUGCUGUGUUCAUUGUCACCUACUUGACCCUCGCCUGCUGCCAGGGACCCAGACGCCGUUUCCCAUGGAAUAUCAUCCUGCUGACCCUCUUUACUUUUGCCAUGGGCUUCAUGACAGGCACCAUUUCCAGUAUGUACCAAACCAAAGCCGUCAUCAUUGCAAUGAUCAUCACCGCUGUGGUGUCCAUUUCAGUUACCAUCUUCUGCUUUCAGACCAAGGUGGACUUCACCUCGUGCACAGGUCUCUUCUGUGUCCUGGGAAUUGUGCUGAUGGUGACUGGGAUUGUCACUGGCAUUGUGCUGUACUUCAAAUAUAUUUACUGGCUGCACAUGGUCUAUGCUGCUCUGGGAGCCAUUUGUUUCACCCUGUUUCUGGCCUAUGACACACAGCUGGUUCUGGGGAACCGGAAACACACCAUCAGCCCAGAGGACUACAUCACUGGUGCCCUGCAGAUUUAUACAGACAUCAUCUACAUCUUCACCUUUGUGCUGCAGCUGGUGGGAGAUCGCAAUUAAAGAGCGUCCCCCCUGUUCUAACCCACCCUGGGCUUUCCCUUCCCUGGAGGGCUGAGCCUUGUGACUGGGUUCUGCACCCCAGGCCCCUUUCCUUCCCCUCCAGUAAUAUGCCCAGUUUCCUUUCUGUCCUGGGGAGGGGUGGUCUCUCUGGCUGUGGAUGUGUAGGCACCUGGUGGGGAUGGAGGAGCUGGGGACUAAUUUUUGCCCUUGGUGACCUUGGCAGGGACUAGGCUGAUGAUGUGUGUUUACCCCUCUAUCCACUACAUGGCACCAAAUUGUUAACAGCUGGGAUGGGGGGGUGGGGGGAGAAGUGAAAAGAGCCUACUCUGUGGUUAAGGGAAUAUGAAAGGUAGAAGUGACUUUAAGGUGACGAGAUUUCCCCUCCCACCUCUGCCACAGGCUUCUAGGCUAGGUAGCUGGAGCUAUUUACUUUCCCAACCCCCAGCAAAGCCAGAUAGCUUUGUCCCCAGCUUCCUGGACUCAUAGGCCAUUAUCCUAUACUCUUUGGCUUGGCACCUUUUAGCUCAGGAAGGUAGAAGAGAUCUGUGCCCAUGGGUCUCUCCACUUCAAUCCCUUCUUGUUUCAAUGAUGUGUAUAUAUUGUUUAUCUGAAUUAGGGGUGGGGGAGGAAGAAGAGACUGAGCAAAGUAAAGUUCAGGGGCCAAAAUGGAGCAGCAUCUACCCUGGGAUUCCUUCUGGCUUGUGACGGUGGUAGAGAGAAAAGGCUGUGUGUAGCCAUUUGGUCCCCAUUCUCCAAAGCCGCUUGGGGCCUCCCUGGGUGCUUCUGAGAUCUCUGGUCAGAGGGACUUCUUGUUUCCUGUGCUCAGGCCACUCAGAGCAGAAAGUGAGGGGCAAAGGUCAGGAUAUGGGCUGGUGUGUAGAAUCAUAAAUGUGGCCAGGAAGUAACCAGGAUGAAGAGAGACUGGGGGCGGGGGGCAGGGAAAAUGCCUUGGGGUCCCCCAUGUGGUCAGAGAUAGUGAAGCCUACUGUGGUGCCCAAGAAGACUUCUGUGUUCUUUCCUUUGGCUAACCCAGGGAGGGCCCUGAGAGGAAGGUGACUCUCUCUGUUCUUAACUCAUGUUGGGUGGUUUUUGACUCCAGCCCCAUCUCUCCAGCCAGCCACUGCUUUCUUUGUAAUACCAAGUGCCUCAAGCUGGAAUGGGGAGGGGGAGAAGGGUCAAUCUGUUGGGUGGGGGGAAAUCAAAUCAGUUCAAGGGUACAGGACUUCUCUAUGAAGUACUUGAUCCUAAAUAUAUCACACAAAGGGAUACAACUAGAAAUGUAAUAAAGUUUUAUGUUUAGAAGUUAAAACCCUG